GACGGGCACCGAGGUUAUCAUUCUAAGUUAACCGUGAUUCCCCUACUCACGAAUCACUUACACAAAUACUUCCAGAUCAGAACUACCGCCACAAAUCCCAAUUCCCGUACGAUCAAUCUAGCACGUAAUACACCGCAACCCAUUGCUGCCCCUCAAAUCCAGCAUCCCCACCCCACUAUGGCAAACGUGUGGGAUCAAACGGUAAAAUAUAUCUCCCAUUGGUAGCCUCGGUAAGGGUGUACAUCGUCCCCGUUGUCUUAUCAUAGCUCAUAUCCUCGGGUCCCUCCGGUAGCGCGCCACCGGCGAUAUUGGCGGGACUGCCAGGAACCCAGGAAAUAAUAUCACCAUUCGACCCCCCAUUGCUUCUAGAGAUGUAGAACUUCCCGUUGACAGAGUUGGCGCCCUGCAUGCGGUCGAUGUUGACUUGGUACGCCCAAGUGGCGGUGGCGACACCGGCGGAGUCGGUGACCAAUUGGCGGUUGGUGUAGUCGAUGGACCAGCGCACGAAGCGACGGGGUCCGGUGAACGAGGCGGGUUGGUACUCACCGACGAUGAGGCUGUCCGGUGUCGUUGUACGGUCCAGGGAAACGAAGGAGAAGCGUAAGCCAGGGGAGGGAGGGUUGGUCGGGGUGUAGGUUCUGCUUGAGCGAUUAGCGCGAACCUCCCCAAGAAGAGAUAAAUAGAGAAAGGAACCAUACCGACUCUGCGGCAAAACAUAAGCAUAAUCCGCCGCCGAGAACCCCCCACCAGCCUUCCUCCCAAUCCCGUCGCCCGUCUCAACCUUCCAAAUCUGCGUAAGAUCAAACACCCUAAACCCAUUAUCCGUAUCCACUAUAUAUAGCGAAUUCCCAUAC